AAGUGCUGGGGGCACGAAGAGAGGCCGGGCUAGUCCCUAGCCUCCAGGAGCAUCCAUUCGGAAGACGGAGACUGUGCACAAGGUUGGUCCGGGAUAGCCGGAGCACAGAAGGAAAGUGAGCUACUAUGGGAACGGACGGUGCUUACGGCAUGAUUGUUCAUUAACGAGCGGUCUCUGCUGGGUUGGAUUUCGAACCCUCUCCGUUGUGCUUGUUUAACUAACAGCCUGGGAAACGUGUUUUAGGGAGGCGCAGGCCGAGAAAACUACUCAGCCCGUCUCAGCCCAUUCCUAAGCCUGAGGUCACUUACUAACCCCACCCCCGCCGGGAGAAGACCGCCCAAAGGACAGAACCAGGCGGGGUGGGCGGGGCUUGCUGCGCCUCAGCCAAUGGAAGCACGCCUAAUGCGUUUAGCUGGUAUUGGACGCUACGUGCGGACCAGGCCAGGUCCUACUCCAACUCCCGAACGGGCUCCAUCUUCCCAGCUGGGCUGUGACUGAAAGGGGAGAGGAGCCCGCGGGGUCCGGGACGGCAUGGAGGGCAGUCUGGGCCGGGCCGUGUGCAUCCUGACCGGAGCCUCUCGGGGCUUCGGCCGCAGCCUGGCCUCGCUGCUGGCCGGGAGGUUGACCGCCGGCUCAGCGCUGGUGCUGAGCGCCCGCAACGGCGAAGCCCUGCGGAAGCUGUCGGACGAACUGGGGGCCAAGUGGCCGGGGCUGCAGGUGCUGUGCGUGCCGGCCGACCUGGGCAAAGAGGCCGAACUGCAGGAGCUGUUGGAGGCGGUGCGGGCGCUGCCCCGGCCGGCGGGCUUGCAGCGGCUCCUGCUCAUCAAUAACGCGGGCACCAUAGGGGAUGUGUCCAAAAACGUUGUGGAUUUUGCCGACCCAACAGAAGUCAAUAGCUACUGGGCUCUUAAUGUGACCUCCACUCUUUGCCUGACCUCGGGGGUCCUCAGAGCCUUCCCUUCCAGCCCUGGUCUGAAAAGAACUGUGGUCAACAUCUCGUCCCUCUGUGCUCUGAAACCCUUCAAGAGUUGGAGCCUCUACUGUGCUGGCAAGGCUGCUCGGAACAUGAUGUUCAAGGUCUUGGCAGAGGAAGAACCCACAGUGCGGGUGCUGAACUAUGCCCCAGGCCCUCUGGACACAGAUAUGCAGAGGGAAGCGCGAGAGAAAACCAGGAACUUGGAGGUGCGACAGCAGAUGAGCAAGUUGAAGGACACCCAGUCCCUGGUGGACUGUGACAUCUCUGCCCAGAAGCUCCUGCGCCUGCUGGAGAGGGACGUCUUUAAGUCUGGGGACCACAUCGAUUUCUUCGAUUAGCAGCACUGGCUGCCCUCUACCCGAUGGGCACCGCCCUGCCUUCCCCUGCCGUACCUGCCUCACUCUCCACUCUUCACAAGUGCCUCCUAAAGGAAAGACCUCUCAACUUUCCCACACAAAGAGGCGGUCUGUGACUUAGUGGAAGGUCCCUGGAUCAGGAGCCAGAAGACCUGUCUGCUGUCACCCAGGCUGUAAUGGGCAGAGCUGGGAUUUGAACCAAGUCUUCUGGUUCCAAGUCCAUUCACUCUGCCAUGAUUCCCCCUUUCCCCAAGCCUCUAUUCUGUUUGAUUUCUUACUUGUUUCCACUCUAGAGGGCUGACUUUUUUAUCCACUCUGUAUUGUCCAUUUCUCCCCCUUUCCGAAGAGCCUAUCUGGGGAUCCAGCCUAUCACGUACAGCUCACUGAGGCUUGGAGUGUUAGGGAUGGAGAGAAGGCAUUGUGUGAGUGAGUCUGUUGGGGAAUUGGGGUGGAGGGCAAAAAAGGAGACCAUACUGGGAGGGGAGGCAUUUCUCUGACCCCAUCAGAGUCUGGAAGAAGCAAGCUCUGAGAUCAAAUCCAGCCUCUGACACUUAUUGGCAGUAGGACUCUGGGCAAGUUACUUCCUCUCUGCUCCUUAAACAGCUCCUUAAGACCCAAGUCUGAAUUCUUACAGGUUUCACUCUGCCUUGGUCAAGGGAGCUCUCCCAUUGGAAAUGUUCCAUACUAAAAUCACAUGUUGUUCAUUUGUUUGUGUGUGUGAGAGACAGACAGACGGAGAGAGAGGGAGGAAGGGAGAGGGAGAGAGAGAGAGAGGGAAGGAGGGAAACAGAGACAGAGAGACAGGAAGAGGGAGAGAAUAUGAGAGAAAGAGGCAGACAGAGAGAUAGAGACAGAGAGAGAGAGGGAGGGAGAGGAGGAGAUGAGAGAGAAGAUAAGAAGGGGGAAGAGAGAGAAAGAGGGAGAGAUUGGGAGAGAGAGAGAGGGAAGGAGGGAGGGAGGGAGGGAGGAAGAAAUAUUGUAUUUUCUCUUUCUACUUCUACCCUUCCUAUAAAUUGUAAGACUCCUCAGGGUGGAAAUGUGUUUCUGGUUUCCUUUGUGACUGCCCCAUGUCUCAGAGAAUACAAUAAAUGCUAAGAAUGUA